UUGCAAAAUAUUGUUAUUAGCACCGCGAGAACACGUCGCGUUUCUUCUUCUGUCCUUUGACUAAACUCUCUCGGUGUAAUGGUUGAGUUCGCACGUUGGACUCUUCAGGCGUCGCGAUCAGUUCAGGAAGUGCAUUUGUUUACCAAAACAUAGCAUGGCUAGCGUUAGCAUAGCCUGGUUAGCUGUGUUGUGAAGCAGCUGAAAUCACGCAGUAGCCACCGGUGGGCCGUACACGUGACUUUAUCUUAGCAUUGAUCGUUCGUGUGUUCCCACCGCUGACGCAAUCGCGACUUGUUUCGCCUAGUUAUCGUGUGUUCCAGCGAUAGCUAACAUCGCUAAGUCGUGUAGCAUGCUACGCUGCGUGUGUGUAAGUUAGCGAAAGAUAGCAUGAGAAAGUCUACAGCUGACAGCCAAGAAGGCUGGUGGGGAGGCUGGCUUCAGCAGAGCUAUCAGGCCGUCAAAGACAAGUCUUCUGAAGCCUUAGAAUUCCUGAAGCGAGACCUGACAGAGUUCUCCACUGUGGUGCAGCAUGACACCGCCUGCUCAAUUGCAGCUACAGCCUCUGCUGUCAGAAACAAACUUGCAGUGGAAGGCUCCUCGGAAACCACAGAAAAGGUGAAGAAGAGCCUCUCUAGUUUCUUGGGAGUCAUUUCUGACACACUCGCUCCACCCCCUGAUAAAACCAUCGACUGUGAUGUCAUCACUUUGGUGGCAACACCAGCAGGAACCACAGAGGUUUACGACAGUUCCAAGGCACGUCUCUACAGUUUGCAAGCCGACCCUGCUACAUACUGCAACGAGCCUGAUGGGCCAGCAGAGCAGUUUGACAACUGGCUGUCCAGCUUCAGUUUGGAGGAUAAGAAAGGAGAAAUCUCCGAGCUUUUGGUCAACAGUCCCUCUAUACGAGCCCUUUACACCAAAAUGGUGCCAGCAGCUGUAUCCCAUUCUGAAUUUUGGCAGAGGUAUUUCUACAAAGUCUUCCAGUUGGACCAGGAGGAGGCGAGGAGAGUAGCACUGAAGCAGAGAGCAGAACAGACAACACAUUCAGAGACCCUGGGCUGGGAGGAGGAAGAGGAGGACGACUUCCUCGGCGCCUCAUCAUCAUCAUCAUCCCAACUCAACUUCCCACCGCUGUUGGACAACACUUUAACCCAGCUGCCCACGACCCAGACACUUCCCACUGGAACGUCUCUGCUGAGUCCCGUCCUGUCUCCAAGUGAAGAGCGUGACGCCACCCUCUCAAUCAGCAGCGACAGCGUGAGCCUUCCAACACAGGUGGAGGUGCGGCCAGAGCCUGUCGCCAUAGAGCUGGCCAACAAACUGACAGAAGCUAGCUUGGAAGAUGUCGCAGACAAGAAACAGGAAAAUCAGAAGCCUGCAAAGAGUGACUUACCUCCCGAGCCUCAGGUGGAGGCUGUAUCCCAGCCAGAGGUUACUGUUGAUGGUGCGCCGUCGAGGACCCCUGCUUCUAAACCAGAGCCAACAAAAGAAGAAGGACCGCAGGACUUGAGAGUGUUUGAGCUCAACUCUGACAGUGGGAAGUCGACGCCCUCUAACAACGGCAAGAAAGGGUCCAGCACCGACGUGAGUGAGGACUGGGAGAAAGACUUUGACCUGGACAUGACAGAGGAAGAAGUCCAACUGGCACUCUCCAAAAUAGAAGACUCUGGAGAGCUGGAGGAAGAGUGGGAGAACUGGAACUGAGAGCCACCGCGACACGAACUCUGUCCCGCCAUCAAAGCUAGUUCCCGGCAGAAGAACCAUGCUUAAACGUGUUUUAAACUCUUUGUCCACACCGUCACCAUGUCAUGAUUGUCAGUAGGGGAUUUUUUCUGGCGGGUGGUUUGGACCAUAUUGGUAAACCUGUUGAAGCGAGCAGCGGGACGACCAAGGCAAUAAGAAUUAGACCGCUCCGUCAGCUAGCGAGUGUAACGACUCAGAUCUUGGCGAUUACUUGGGAUUAAAUUCUGACUUAGAGCCUAUGACGCUAGUAACUGACAAGAGGUUGUAAUCAUUCUGACCUUAGAGCCUAAGGAGACGCAGUGAUGAGUCAGAAUGUGAGAUAUCCACAGCAGCAGGGGAGGAGCUGUUUUCCCUUUUUUCUUUAUGCCAUUAAAUACAUCAUAUAUGUUGCGAGUGUAUCUCAAGUUGGGUAAUGACUUAACUGCAGGCUGCACAAUAGCCAUAAACUGUAAUGCUGCUUCUAACUUUUCUAAGUGAUUUUUGAAAUGGUGGUGAUUGAUUUGAUUCUACCUGUGCCCAGCUUUCUUUCUUUCUCGUCUUUAUUAUGCAAGUGAAUCUUCAAAAUGGAAACAGAUAUUUUGGCCUUUAUUCACAGAGCGCUUUUCAUUUUUGGAUUCACUCCCAACUCUAGAUAUAUGGCCUUGUAAAACACACAGUAGUGUGGUGAUGUUAUCCAAAUGAUUUUUAUUGUAAAGUCUGAAACACAACCAGUUAAUGUUUUCAUCUGUAGUUAUUUUUCCCCUCUCUGUGUCAUAGCGUGAUUGAUUUGAAUAUAUGGGCUUGUCGCUGGCUACAUGUUAUUAUUAUUACUUUCUGUCUGUCUUAUUUUGGGUAGAGGGAAUUCAUCAGUUGUCACACAUUAAGAGAGAAAAAAAAAACACGACAUGAACCUAUGCUUGAGAUAGAGGGUAGCAUCUGUUUAUUUACACAAAUAGGAGAAAAUGACAAAUCUGUGAUGUUUUACAUUUCUCUGUCUGCUCAUGUUAGGAACAAAAUUGCUGACAAAGUUGACAGAACGAGCAACGUGAGCACGCUCCAUGCUUUUAUGAUUUUCAUUUCCAUCAUCUGUAAUGUAGCUGAGAAAAAAUGAACCCUAGAGGUGUAAUAUUUAUACUAAAAUAAAAGCUUAAUUAUU